UUGGUUGAGGUACUCAAGCAUGAAAGGUUGCCUUAGGUUUACCUAAAAAGUAGAAUAAAAGAGUAAAUCCCAAAAUCUUUUCGUCUCCCCAUCGUUCAUUUAUUGUUGGCUGUUUAUUAUAGAACGCGAGCCUGUGAUGGACCAUUAUUAAGGCGUACUUUUUACUAUACCCUGCCAGUGCCACUAUCUUUACUCUGACCCUGCACAGUUAUACGCAUUGCUAUCUCUUACUUUAGACCGCUCGCUGACCCAUUUUCAAGAGUAAUGCUAACUGCAACUGCAGCGUAUUUGCUAUGAUUUUUAAAAUUUUUAUUUUUACUUCACGUGCCCUGCAUGUGUUUUGGUUAUUACUUUUUUAUAGUAAAGAUAUAGGUAUAUUAGACUUUAUUCAUUCUUCAUUCACUUUCAUUUCCAUAACGUAAAAUUAGGAUUUUUUUUCAGUAUUCUUUGUAAAGAAUGUAAUACAAGCACGUCAACCGCAUCGUACGGAUCGCAUCGACAGGAUUUCAUCUACCGUAAAAUUAAAAAUCCAUAUGAUGCGAUGAGUCCGAUACGUACGAUGCGGAUCAGUGGACGCACGCCGCAGGGCGUGUAAUGGCAAGCGUCCACUGAUCCGAGUUUUACACUGAACUGAGUUUUACACUGUUUAUAGGUGACGACUUACUAUCUGUAAGCCUCAAAUGUGGACCACGACAUAUCCCGAGACAAGAGAAAGACAAAUGUCGGCCAGCGGCGGAAUUGAAAAUAUCGCUUGUAGUAUUAUCGUUGCGUUGGGACGAAAGUGACAGCGAAAUUUUAACUCCCCCGCGAUUGUUCGACAAUAUGUCUUUUUGUCUUCACGAUAUAUGUCGUUGACGCAUGCUAGGCCUACAGUGGCCUAACAUGCAACCAAACGUGAAGAUAAAUAGACAAAAGUCAACCAUUUAUAGCGCUACCGGAAAUAUCGCUAUCUUUGUCAUUGUGUUGGGGCGAAAGAGAUGGGACUGAGACUACUCCGCCGCCAUUGGUCGUAAUAUCUCUUCAUGAGAUAUGUCGUUGCGCGCAUGUUAGUACUACAGCGGCGUUAACAUGCGACAUUUGAGAUAAUGUCGUGAAGAGUAAUAGACAAAAUUCAACCAAUGGCAGCGCUACUGGAAAUAUCGCUCUCUUUUAUUGCGUUCCGAUGGGACUGAGACUAUUCCGCCGCCAUUGGUCGAAAUUUUGUCUAUAUCUCUUCACGAGAUAAUUUCGAUGGUCGCAUGUUAGCACUACAGGUGAGCCAUCAAUUUGGUCCGUCUAUACACACAUAUUGUACCGUAUCACCGACUAUACAUAUGUAGUGGGUUUUAAAUCAUAACGUGGUUAAAAGUGCUUGUGUGUAUGCGCCGCACUCGUGUCGCGGGGUGUGCGGUUAGCUCGUGAAGCGUGCGUGUGUACUGUCGUGUGGCGUGCGGUCAGCUCGCGUGUCGUGCGGCGUGCGGACAGUGCGAAGCGCGCGUGAGUCGUGCGGCGUGCGGCUAGUGCGAGCGGCGCGCGCGUCGUGCGUCGGGUGGGUAGAGCGCGCGCAUGCAGGGGCGCGCGGGAGCCGGCCCGGGUGGGCUCCGCACGCACCCGCGCGCCCUGCCGCCCGUCCUGCCCCCGCCGCCGCAGUUUGCUACUGAACAAGACGAAAUGCCUGCCAGCCAAAUUGCACAGGUGAUCGCGCUGAUAUGCGGGCUGCUGGUGGUGAUCCUCAUGGUGCUGGGGCUGGCGUCGGCCGACUGGCUGAUGGCGGCGGGCUGGCGGCAGGGCCUGUUCAUGCACUGCAUCGAUCCGGAGGCGCCCACGCCGCUGCCCUUCGACAUCACCGCGCAGCCGGGCUGCUACGCUGCGAGGCCUGCACCGUAUAUCAAGGCGGCGGCGGGGCUGUGCGUGGCGACGCUGGCGGCGGACGUGUGCGGCGCGCUGCUGACGGGGCUGGGGCUGCGCUCCGCCGACCACCGCACCAAGUUCCGCUACUACCGGUUCGCGGUGCUCGCCAUGUCGAUUGCGUUGAUGUGCAUCCUCAUAGCGCUAGUGAUAUAUCCGGUCUGUUUCGCCGCUGAAUUGAAUCUGGGCAACAGGUCGGUGUGGGAGUUCGGCUGGGCGUACGGCGUGGGCUGGGGCGCCGCCAUCUUCCUGUUCGGCGCUGUGAUCCUGCUGCUCUGCGACAAGGAGAGCGAGGAGCUCUACUACAAGGAGCGGAAAGUGGUGAGCGGGGAGGCAGGCGGGCGACCCUAGGGUCGCGGGCGCCUGCCCGACCUCGUGCCGUGAGCGCGCUAGCUGCCACGAGACACGCACACACACACACAGCGCACACACACUCAGCCACACACACACACAGCCACCGACACACACACACCGAGUACUUUACGUGUGAUUAUGUAACCAAUUGAUGAUUAUUUGUGUUUUUGUUUUUUUAGUUCGUUCAUUUGUUACGUAAGAUGUCUUACAGCUACACUCGAUUAAGUUUACCGUCAAGUCUACAGCAAGGUUAGGGAUGUCAAAGUGAAAAUUAUGUCGAUAUAUGGUUUUAUGGCUACGGUAUCGAUAUUUUUUAUUCAAUUCAAUAUCACAUCCCUAAGCGCGCUCCAGACUUGAUAACACUUUAGAUCGUGAGUAGCGUUAAAGGGAGAAGCAGUUGCGUGGUUUCAAUAAAAUAAAUUACGCAACGAAGUACGCCUGAUCAUUGAUCAAAAGAAAAUAAUUUUCUACAUUUUAAUAAGAAAAAUGUAGUGAAAAUAUGUUUGAAUUGAGCUUCUCAGACAGUUUGAAGAGGCGUUUUAAGUAACAGAUGAAAGGACUAUUUAUCUAUACUUUGAAUAUUGAUAUUGAGAAUAUACUCGUAAGGCUUUCAAAGUACAGCUUUACGCUGGAGGAAUGAUAUUCUCACUAUGGAAUGAAUAAUAUUUCAAAGACGAAACUUAUUUUUGUAAUGGUAUUUCUAUGAUCGGAUGGUGCAUUUGGUAAUUUUUGAUAGAAUUAGUUUGUAUUUUAUCGGUGUUUGAAACUAAAGAAUUAUCGCUUAGUCUAUAUGCUUGCAAUGUCGAUGAGCAAAAAAGUUGCCAAAUGCGCUGUGGGGAUAAAAUCGAUGUUACGUUUAAUUCCUGGAUAGUACAAUUGUUUUGUGAUAAAAUUUAUUUAUUUUUUUACAAAAUGUAGGUAUGUGUAUUUGUUUGAAAAUCGGUGGUGUGGUUCGGAGCGAAAGUUACUCGUAAAUGUAUAGCGACAGCCUCACGCGUUCAAGUUUACCUUAGAGAUGUGAAAGUGUAACAAAUAUCGAUAUUUUACUUUCACAUCCUUAAACGCACUUGACGAUACACUUGACCGUGUGUGGCCGUCGUAAGGCAAUAGAAUAUCGUGUGUCGAGUUUAGCUUGUAAGCUUUUGGUAAGGCUUUCAGUGUGGACGGGUCUGUCGGACCCCACGGUGUGUUACCAUUCCGCUCGGAUAGUCGACUCGCGUCAAAUACGAAUGUUUCGUAAUGCUCGCUAUGAUCAAUUUUGUUCGUGUAUACUUUCAUUUACACCUUGUUUUUUUUUUCUCUUUAAUUUAUAAUCCUUUAUACUGGGAUUGUUUUUUUUGUCAUCAAUUUAUUACGACUUUGUUUUCAGUCGAUUUGUUUUGUGACCAUUUGGGCUUCUAUUUUUUUUUCUUUAUUAUUUUAGUUUUCAUUUAUUGUUGUGAAUCAAUCGAUUAUUGAAAUUAUCUGGAAUCUCAACCACUCGAAUGUAAAGACUGGGUGUCAAAAUUGAUGUUUAUAGGAUUGUGUAAAUUAUUGAUUGAGAAUCGCCUCUCGGCCAUAUUUUGUUAACUUUUUAGUUUUAAGUAUAAUUUUAUUAUACCUUCUCACCGUGUGCGAUAUUCUGAAUGUAUAACACGUACAUCUAGCGAUCACAGAUAUCUGAAGAUAGCAUGUGCUAAUUAGAAUGAGUUCUGAGUUCUGCAUUUUGUGUUCUCUGUAAUGUAUGUGUAACUUCAUGAUCGUCUGCUUUAUGCACGUUGAUUUAAAGUUACAAACGUUGCGCAGAACGCAGAACGCCUGAACGAUUUCGUUCUGCGCAUGUCCAUAAUGGUAGGCGUCCACAGAUCCGCAUCGUACGUAUCGGACGCAUCGCAUCAAACGGAUUGUGGUAUUCUCUGUAUGGAAAGUCAUAUAAGUGCAUCCACUGAUCCGCAUCGUACGGAUUGCACGAAUAUACCUUAAAAUUAAAAAUCCGUUUAAUGCGUUAAAAAUACGUAUGAUGCGGAUCUGUGGUUGCCUGUCUUAAGGCGGAAAUAUAUUUGUCUGAUGUGUCGUGUCGCACGCAUCAGAACAGAAUCGUCGUGUAUGGCAACGUUUACACUUAUGUGACAUGUCGCGAUGGCUUCUGUGUCGCAUACAAAAUGUAUGAUACCGAUUCAGUUCUAAUGCGUUACGACACGACACGUCGGACAAAUAUAAUUCCGCCUUUGAUGAAAGUGUUCGGAAUGUCGUGCCGGCGGGAGUCGUCGCGUCGUGUCGUGUGGCGGCGCCGGGCGGUACAUUCACGCUUCACGCGCUCGCGUACCUCGAAUGUAAUCCGUUCCAAAGAGCGUCGCUUUUAUUUAUUCGCUUCCUAAGUUAUUCGUCCUAGUGGUUUUGUAAAUAUGUUUAGUGGAGUAGUGAUCGGUCGAUGUGUAUUAUCCUUGUGUGGUGUGACGUGGCGAGGCACGAGGCGCGCAGCGAGGCGCGAGGCGCGCGGCGAGGCGCGAGGCGGGCGGGCGAGGCCUGCCUCACUCACCUGCGGUUUUGUACGGACUCUAGUGUUACUGCACAAUUAGUGAUAACGUGUGAAUGGACUGCGGGCUAUGACUCUACUGAGAUAUUUAAUGGAAUUAAUUAUUGUAUCUAAUUUUACGAUGUUACCCUCUAACCUCUGUUUCAAUUGACACCUAAGUAAAAGUAAACGAACAACUAUAAUAUAUAUUCAUUGCGUUUGGCUGGUGGGAGGCUUCGGCCGUGGCUAGUUACCACCCCCCGGCAAAAACGUACUUUCAAGCGAUUUAGCGCUCCGCAGUACGAUGUCGUGUAGAGACCAAAACAGGGUGUGAAUUUUCAUCCUCCGAACAAGUUUGCCCGCUUCCAUAUUCGAUCGCAUCGCCACUUACCGUCAGGUGAGAUUGUAUUCAAGAGCUAAUAUGUAAAAAAAAACCAUAGCGAUCGACUAGCGCAAAUAAUACUUACGUAGCAAGGGAAGCUACACCUUUUCACAUGAAAUCGAUUGAACCGAGCCAAUUGAAAUACGUUAAUGAGGCUUCGCAGGCUAUUGCAGUACAGUGAACUUGUUGCAUUGAAUAGUUUCCGAUCGGAGCGCUCUUUCAGAACAUGCCUUUGUUGAUAUAAUUAUGCAAAACCUUUGAAAACUUUGAAUCGGUUCAGGUAUUAACGUUUCUUGAUACUAGUAGUCAACAUAAUUUGUGGGAAUUAGAAGAAAAUGGUUUAAAAAUAUAAGUAAAACGAAAAGUUUUUCUUAAAACUUGUUAGAUUGAUGCCGGUUCAAAAAAGUUGUUUAAAUCUUUAAACCUUAGAAAUAUUCAAUUUCAUUUUAAUGAAUGAAUAUCAAAAUAUGAAACCUGAAAAACUAACUGAUAUAAUAAUGUACGUAUUAAUGUAAUUGAUUAUUGUUGAAUAUUCAAAAGAAUAAUGUUAAUAGUUAUUGGUUUACCUUUUAAAGUUUCAAUUGAAGCACAUUUUAUUGGGUUACGUUUUACACGUAUAUUUUUUCGUAUUUUUAGUCGUAACUAAAGUAUACAUUAUCUCGGUUAGGGUGUUAUUACACCUAUGCGACCAAUAUUUAGUUAUGAUUAACUUUAAUCGUCGACUUGUAGUGUCUAGAGAUGUGACGAAAAUGUAUUGAAAAUGCAAAUACAGAAUACGUAACUUGUUUUACUUCAUCAAUACUUAGUAUUGGUAAAAUAUACUCAGAGGCACAAUUAUCCGCCCACUUUAAUUUACGCGAGUACAUUCAAGUGGGCGGAUAAUUGUGCCUCUGAGUAUAUAUCGAACAAAGAAAAACCCUGUGACUAAAGUCAAAUCAUUAAUCGAUCGCAAAAUGACGAUGUCGUAUCGAUCUGUUCGAUCAAUUUCAGUUCGUUUUGGUGUAAUAACACAAAACACAAUGAUCGUUUUUGGGAUAAAUCUUAGUCGAUAUUCCAUAUAGGUCGUUUUGAUGUUAUAUGCAAUAACACCUUUAUACAACAACAUAAUAUUUAAAUCAUUUGAUUUGAUGAUACUCUUUUGGAAUUGAAAAUUGUUUUACAAUUUCAAUAUUUUCUUAACACAUAUUCGUGAUAAUUUAUACACCUAUGGAUCUGUAAUUAAUUCGUGAUUAAUGAUUGAUAUAUUGGAUAUAAAAAAAUGAAUAAUAAUAAGGCGAUUUAUAGAUAUGUUUAGAAUAAUUAAGUGUUCAAUGGAUUUAGUUGUGACGUCGUUUCUCAAACUUUUAGGAGGCCCGCGACCUCAUAGAUGUUGCAUUUAGAUAUUAGGAUGGUAUAAAAAUAUUAAGCGUAUAAAAAUGGU